AUGAAUCUUGAUUGUGUCGGCGCUGUUGGAUAUCCGAUUUCCUUGGCAUCCAAACAGAUCCUUUCAACAGUUGCCGCACCAACAAUUGCCACUCCUGCUCACCAUCUCAAACAACUGAUCCCGGUUUCGACCACCGCGGCCACUCAACAUCACGCAAAGGGCUUCAGCUACGCCUCCUACAGUCAUCAGCAGCCCGGAAGUUCCGCCUAUCUGGGUCCCAUUCCAGUAAACUCCGCAGCUCCCCACCAAUACUUUAGCCCAUCUGGACACGUUUAUCAGCAGCAGCAACAGCCACAGCAAUCGCACCGUUAUCAACUGUUUUCGACGGUUCCAACUCCGAUCCAGAAACAGGGCGGGCUCAUCUACGCGGCCAAUGCUCCAGCUGCCAUUUAUGCCACCCCUGGAACUCCACUCAUUCACCACCCACAACACCACGCCCAUCAUCAACAACAACUGCAGGCUCAAUCCCAACAAUCACUGCAUUACGCGCCUCAUUUCUAUCAGCAAGCUCCACAGGCUUUCGCACCAGUAGCGGCCAAAUUCACCUACUCCCAGCCUCUGGUGGCCAAGGGAUUCUAUCCGAUUCAGUGAUCUGUUUCAGAAAUUUUAAUUUAAACCAAACUUCCCGAAAAAAAAACUGGAAGUUCAACACGUGAUUUGCCAUCAGUAUAAUUCCUCCCAAUCAACCAAUCAAUCAAUCAAGCGAUAAAUAAACCUUUGUCCUGGAUUUCAUCGAAGUUCAUAGAACUAUUUACUUCGUUUGGGUCUCGAGAUGUUAGUGCUGUAAGUAUAUUUAUUUGUGUAAGGAUUUCUGUUGUAAUAUCAAUAAAAGCGUUUUGAAGCAAG